UAAAACUGAGCCAUCUUCAUUCAGUUUAUAUCUCCGUUGAAAUUUGUGAAAACAAUCAAACCCAAAACAAAACCAAAAUGAAAUUCGCCAUCGCUUUAGUCGCCCUCUUCUGUGUCUCAGCCAUCAGCGCUGCCCCAACCAAGGAACCAAGUCCAUUUGCUCAAGCCAUCAUCAACCUUGCUGAAGGUGUUGUCAAGCAAUUGGAAAAGCAAAUUCCUGACUGGGAUCCAAAGGCUACCCUCGAAGCUAACUUAUUGAAGGUUGUUGACAAACCAUUAGAGUCUGGAGUUAUUCCUGGAUGGAACCCACAAGCCAGCAUUCGAGACAAUUUGGUCUCUGCUCUUGAAACCUACAUCAAAAACCUUAAAGUCGAAGGUUUAGAUGAAACCAAACCCGUUGCUGAAAAUGUUAAGGUUGUUGUUGCUGACCUCUUCGAAAAAUUACCCGUCCCAGCUUUCUUCCCAAAAGAUCAAAUUGAAGCACAAAUUGUCGCCAAUGUCAUUGAAUUGCUCAAAAAAGUCCAACUUAAAGGAUUCGAUGUAAACAAGACCGUUGAUGAUGAUGUUGCUGUCGUUGUUGAUGACAGUCUUGCUGAUGUUAAAGGAUUGGACCCUAAGGCUUCAUUGGAAGACUUUGUCAAUGCUGCCCUCAAAAACUUCCUUGCCCAAGUUAAAUUACCUGGUUUCAGCCCAGACAAGACUCUUGAAGACGAUGUUGCUGAAGUCCUCACCAACCUCCUCAAAAACUUACCCUUUUAAGUUAUACAAUCCGAUACAAUCAACUUAUUGAUUUAAAUAAAUAAUUUUCAUUUA